AUGUUUUCUGUCGGUCUAGAUAUCGGAACAACAUCUUGUAAAAUAUGUGUUGUUUCGUGCGAUGCACAACAUUCAGUUCUAUUCACGGAACAACUUCCUCAUCAUGCUCAUAUUGUUCAAAAAGAAUUUCCUUUGUACGACGAACAAUCUCCUGUAAAAAUUCUUGAUAUUGUGAAUGAACUUUUCAAAAAAUCGCCUUAUUUGAAAGACGAUUCAUCGAUAAAAUCAAUUCAAAUUUGUGGUCAAAUGCAUGGUUUGAUUCUUUGGUCAUCGAAAUCACCACGUACGAUUGUUUCUUCUCUUGUUACUUGGCAAGAUCAACGAUGUUCAACUGAAUUUCUCUCAUCACUCGGAUCAAUGUUAACACAUUUACGAACAGGUUAUGGUUUAUCAACUUUAUUAUGGUUAAUCGAACAACAAAAAGGCAAAGAAGAUAAUUUAUUGAAAUAUGAUCGAGCAGGAACUAUUGCAGAUUAUGUUGCAACGAUUUUCUGCGAUGAUGAAGUAGCAAAUCAAUCACAAAUAUCAACUCAAAUGGCCACUAGUUGGGGUGCAAUCGAUAAUCAAUGGCCUGUUAAGCAUCGAUUACUACCGGAAAUCGUAGAACCUGGUACGAUUAUUGGUUAUUACAAAAAAAAGAUUCCCAUCUAUGUCGCUCUCGGUGAUUUACAGUGCUCAGUAUUCAGUUGUCAACCAGAGAAGAAUGAAGGAAUUAUUAACAUAUCGACAUCAGCACAAUUGGCUUUAGUUACUGAUAAACAAUCAUCGAAUCGCGAUCAGCUUCCAUCGUCGAUGUGUGUUCCUUAUUUUCAAUCUAAAGAUUUAUUAGUUGCUGCUUCAUUGAAUGGUGGAAAUGUUCUUUCAACUUUUGUUGAUCUCGUUCAUUCAUGGAACUCAUCAAUUAACAGCGAUUCUUCGUCAUUAUCACUUGAAACACUUUGGUCACGAUUAAUUCAGCGAGGACUUGAGUCAACUUCAAUCAUCGAGAAUAUCUCCGCUGCUCUUUUUGGUGAACGUCAUGAUCCAUCGAUGUCCGCUUCAUUAACAAACAUUCGUUCAAUUCAUAUGUCUCAACUAAAUGAUAUCGGUUCUGUUUUUCGUUCAAUUUGCCAUUGGAUUAUAAAGAAUCUAUUCGAGAUGUUAGGAAAUGAUUCUUUGACAAUCAACGGUAUCACUGGAACAGGUAGUGCAUUGAUGAGAAAUGGUGUUCUACAACGAGAACUUCAAAAUAGAGUGCAAUGUCAAGUAAAAUUUAAUGAACAUUCCGAUGCUGCGUAUGGUUCUGCAUUAUUUGCUUUCAUGCAAUGA